GAGAACGUUUUAUCAUGAGUUCUCAUUGCAGCAGCACUCUUGGGACUGCUCGCAUGCCUGAGCUGAGUUGAGCUGAGCUGCCAUCGACUGUCUCGAGUAUCUUCAACAAUGGAAGAAUCAUAACUUUAUGUCAUCUGGAAAACUCACGGCUAUAUCGAGUUUUUGAGCAAAAGUCAGUUGUGUAGUUGUAUCACGCGUUUAAGUGUGGCGUGUAGGGACUGGACAAUUUGUGCCUCCAGAAAUUUCUACAAGAUUGAUUAAAUGGAGCUUGAGGGCCAAUGGUGGAAAGGACAACUUGCUGGAGAUAUAUACCAGGCUUUGCGCUACAAAGAAAUCAAGUUGCCCUCCUACAAAGGCCAGUCCCCCCAGCUCAACCUCAGGCGCUACUUUGCAGACCUCAUAGCAAUCGUAAGCAAUCGCUACCGGCUGUGCCCAACAGCCAGACACCUUGCCGUCUACUUGCUGGACCUUUUCAUGGAUCGCUAUGAUAUAACGGUGCAACAGCUUCACAUGGUCGCACUCUCCUGCUUGCUUUUGGCUAGUAAGUUUGAGGAGAGAGAGGACCGAGUUCCUAAGCUGGAGACUCUUAACAGCCUGGGAUGCAUGAGCUCCAUGAACCUGGUGCUGACCAAGCAGGGCCUGCUGCACAUGGAGCUCCUCCUGCUGGAGACCUUCCAGUGGAACCUGUACCUGCCCACCGCUGCACACUUCAUAGAGUACUACCUGUCCAUCGCUGUCAACGAGGCGGACCUUCACGAUGGCUGGCCCAUGGCGUGCCUGGAGAAGACUGUGCUCUACAUGACAAAGUAUGCUGACUACUUCCUGGAGGUCUCCCUUCAAGAUCAUGUGUUUCUGAGAUUCGCCCCGUCACUGGUGGCAGCUGCCUGUGUGGCAGCCUCUCGUAUCAUCCUGCGCCUAUCCCCUUCCUGGCCAUCUCAGCUUCAGCGCCUCACCGUAUACAGCUGGGAUCACCUUGUCCCCUGUGUAGAAAAAAUGCUCAUUGCUCAUGACAGCGACGUGAAGGAGGCCAGCAAGCAGACGUGCCAGCCACCCGGUCAGCAGCCGGGCCAGACUGUGUACCAUACCCCUUGCCAGACAACCACCACCAUGCCGCCUCAGUACCUGCACCAGACCAGCAUCCAGUACCCUCAGCAGGCCCUCCAGCCUUCCCUAGCCCUAGCCCCAGGCCACGGCCCAGCCUCCUACGUAUCCCACUCUGCCACCCUGCAGGGCCCUGGUGCCCCGCCACACAGCCACCCCCAGACCAUCUCUGCUGGUCUGGAUGGCAAGGCCAACAUUCCAAGCAGAGCCUACCAGGUCAACAUGCACUAUACCUGUGCUGCUCCCUGUUUUGAUAGGUGAUGGCUGGAUCUCCAAGGUAGAGCUAUGACAGUAUGGGAAGUAAAAGUGCGAGCGACUGGAUGGGUAUGUCGUCUCUUUGGAUUAGACUAAUUAGCAGGACCAGGUAUGUUUUUUUUUUUUUUUUUUUUAAUUCGAGAAGUUAUGAUGCGAUUUAAGCACUUUCUUCUAUGUUAAGAUGUGCAAUAUAAUAUUCCACAAAUGUGCAAUAUUGUUAUUUGUCAUGUAUCAUUCCGGUGCUAACCUGCCGAAGGUGUGUUCUUCUUUUCAAAACCAAUAUGAUUGAGUUAUCACCAAGCAUGGUUGUCAUGUGCAAAGGGUUCUUUUCCCAACACUCUGCAUUAGCUAUAAUUUAAUUGCACUAUAGACAAGAGACUGUGCUGCAUUUAUUUAAGCUAAGAUACCUCAGAAGCAUUGAAUGUAUGUUCUCUUUUCAUUCCCUGGCGCCAUGAGUAAUAAUGGGAAUCUUAUAUCAGUAUUGAACUCGAGGGGUUACUUUUGUAGUUUGAUAGAGGAACCCGCAUCACUCUGCCAGAAGCUACCUCAAAUGUUAACGUUGACCUUUGCUCUUGAACGGUGCUCUCUGCAAUGUUCAGGAAGUAUAGUUUUCAUUGUUUUGUGUUUCGAGCACUAAUUUGGAGGGAAUGUGUCAUGUCAACACCUUCCUGUGCAUGCGGAAUGGCAGCGAGUGCUGUGUACUUCUAAUAUGGUACUUUUAAAUAAAAUGCCUGUCAGUUGUA